GUAGAAAGGUGUAUCGUUGUCCAACACUUGGUCAGCUGUUGGUGUUUACAUUUUUUAAUAAAUAAAAUAAACCGGCAAAGCUACAUAUUUUGAUAUUUGAAUAGAGGGUAAAACAAUGACAACAUAUCCUUCUCGCAAAUUCAUGGAAUGCCUGCAAUAUGCGGCUCUGAAACAUCGGGAGCAAAGACGAAAGGACCCCCAGGAAACGCCGUAUGUCAAUCAUGUCAUAAAUGUGAGCACCAUUCUGUCCGUGGAGGCAUGCAUCACGGAUGAGGCUGUUCUCAUGGCAGCUCUCCUUCACGAUGUGGUUGAGGAUACGGACGCCACGUUUGUGGAUGUGGAGGAACUCUUUGGUGCCGAUGUUUGUGGUUUAGUACGGGAGGUGACCGAUGACAAGUCGUUGGAGAAGCAGGAGCGAAAGCGGCUGCAAAUUGUCAAUGCAUCCAAGUCCAGUUGCCGGGCUAAACUCAUCAAAUUGGCCGAUAAGCUGGAUAACCUAAGGGAUCUGCAGGUUAACACGCCCAAGGGAUGGACAGAGGAACGCCGUGAGCAGUACUUUAUUUGGGCCAAACAGGUGGUUGACAACCUGCGAGGAACCAACGUCAACCUGGAACUGAAGUUGGACGAGAUCUUCCGACAACGUGGUCUUUUGUAAACCAAAAAACAAAUCAAUUAGAUA